ACGCAGGGCGCACGCACACUACCACACCGAGCAGCCGGUCCAGCGGAAAAGUUUCUAGAACGUCGUGCAACUCGAACUCCAUUUAAAGUCGUUUUCCAACAGCUGAAAUAAUUAAAUAAAUAUAGUUUAUUGCGGCUGCAACACCAAGGCCCAGAUAUACAUUUAACAGAAACCAACGUUCCAGUAACCAAACGCAUUUGCCAAGGAAACGUGUUCAUAAACUAACAGAAACAAUCCUCAAACAAACCGAAAAACAAACAAAACCAACCAACAUAAAUUAUUCCCUCAAAAGUGAUUUGAAAAUAUUGUUAUUUGUGCGAGAAAAGAUCCCCUACGCGAGUGAAGUGUCCGCUUGAGAGAGCGAUAUGUCCGCAUCUGCUGCCUCCGGUUCGCGCAAUAAACACUCCAAAAUCCGUAACGAUGAGCAGCAUUUAGACAUAACCAAGGACGAGUUCGACCGCUUCCGCCAGGCGCUCAGCCAGGAGGAGUUCCGCAGGCUGUUCUUCGAGUACGUGGAGGAGAUCCAGGACCCCGCUAACCGCAAGAUCUACGAGGAGGAGAUCACGCAGCUGGAGAAGGAGCGUGGCGUGGAGGUGAGAUUCAUUCACCCGCAGCCGGGAUUUGUGAUCAAGACCGCACAGGAUGGCGAGCUCAAGUGCUUUAUCAACAUCGCCGGCUCGCCUGAGAUCGAGAGACCCAAGAACGAGGUGGCCACGGAUCCGUCGAACGGUAGUCGCGGCCUGAGCUGGUCCAUUCCCAUGGCCCAGACAGCCUCGCGCGAUGACUGCGAUGCCAAGAAUAACCGCUGCAAGGUGUUUGACGUGGUCUUUCACCCGGACGCCCUGCACUUGGCCAAGCGGAACCAGCAGUUCCGUAAGUGCCUCAUCGACACGGCGCUGGAUGCUGUCGAGCGGGAGUAUCAGGUCACCCUGGAUCGCGCUAAUCUAAAGUUCCCCAAGCUGGACUACAAGGGCAUCGCCCGUCCCACUGUGAUACGCAAAAUGGCGAAGAAUUACUCGGCCGAGGACCAGGAACCCCAUCCCUUGGGGGACAUCUACCCCACUAAGCCGCCAUCGGCCUCUGACGCAAAGCCCCGCGUUUUGCCCAUGAAGGCGAAGCCAUCUCCCGUGCCGGAGUUCACGGUGCCCAGGUAUUCGAUCAAGCACAGCCACGAUGUGGAUUUGGCCGAGUAUACGGACGAGCUCGAUGCCAAACUGCACGUGACAGUACCGCGCUCCCUUGUCGUCGAGAUCGAGCUGCCCCUGCUCCGCUCCACAGCCGAGUGUCAGCUGGAUGUCACCGCCACGUCCGUUUAUCUGCUCAGCGAGCGCCAGGGUGCCAAGUACCGGCUGAAGCUGGACCUGCCCUUCACAGUGGACGACAAGGCGGGCAACGCCCGUUUCGACACCGAUCUGCGCCGCCUCAGCAUCACGCUGCCCGUGGUGCGGACAAACGUACGCGAGCAGCGGCAGAUGCACGACACUUUGCGCCACUUUAGCCGCGAGGACAGCGGCGUGGAGCUGCAUUCCAACAGCGAGUCGCCCGUGGAGGAAGACGGCGAUGGCGAUCUCAGCGAUUCCAAGGCGGAUGUUUCCGAGACUGCUACGCCCACUGCCACGCCAGAGCAUAAUGCCCACAAGCCGUUCCUUAAGAGCUCCGUGCACUACCAGCUGCCCGCUAAAUUCGACUGCAAUGUGCUGGACAACGUGAUGGCCUUUGUGUUGCACGUGCCCAACGUUCAACCAGACUCCAUUCAGCAGCUGAGGGAGCAGCGGAGCCUGCACCUGCAGUUUGCCACCAUCGGCAGUGGCUACUAUCCCACCCACUAUGCUUUCUACGUGGAGCUGCCGGCCGAGGAGGCAGAUCUAGCCAUCGAGAGUGCCGAGGCCGAGGCCUGGGACAAUAAUGUGGUGCUGAAGCUGUGCUUCAGCUCGCAGAGCGAAACGCCACAGGGCUAUCUGGCUGGACUGGAUGCCACGGAUCUCAAAGAGUACUCAGUCCACGGGCAGUACAAAGUGAAGGAUAAGAAGGGGGACAAGGCUAAGACUGAGGAUGCCCAGCUGGAUGUUAAGUUCAAGCACAAGGAGGGCCAGGCCCUGAAGGUCACCAUUCGCCCGGUGCCAAAGGAGAACGAAAACGAAGAGGAGGCGGAAGAGGAAGAGGAGCUGGAAGACCAGGACCACGAGCAGUUGUCGCAGCACGCUCACAGCAAAAAGCCGAAUAAGAAGCAGCGCAAGAGGAACAAGAAGGAACGCUCCUUCUCUGAGUCGGCCUGCGAGGAUAUACUGGACCAGAAACCCCUGACCGAUAUCCCCGCUCCGCAGCCCAAGGCCAAGCUGAUGCUUCCGCAGCGCAAGCAACGCAGCUACUCGGAGUGCAACGACAGCAGCGUGGGCAGUGGUUGCUCAACUCGCGGUAUCCUCAAGCGGUUCAGCCGCUAUGGACCACGGCCCUCGAUGUCCGACAGCUGCUCCUCCAUCGACGACUGCUCCUCCUCCUACUCGUGCUCUGUGGACGCUUCCGGAGUCACUCUAUUCUCGCACUCUUUUGGCGGCAUUCCCGAGGAGGAUCGCGGCGAUGCUGGACUCUCGGAGAGCUGCAAGAAGACUGUUAGGUUUAAUGACCACAUCAUGAAGCAAGUGUUCCGACUCGACUCGAGCAUCCUGGGUCAGCGUAAGAAGAACCAGAAGCGUCGUGAUCUCAAGAUGCGGGCCCAGCAACGUCGCCUCAGCGAAGGCGAUUCCGUGGAUUACGAGGAGACGCGCGGCGCUGCCAUCAAGCCACAAGGAAACUCAUCAAACAAAGGCAACAAGUCAAAGGGAGGCUCGUCCUCGUUCCACGACAGCGGCCUGGAUCUGACCGGGGGAGCUGCCCAUGGCAACAGCAGCGAGGCGGAUGCCAAGAACGCCAUGAUGUUUGAAAUGGAUGACGAGGACUAAGAUGAUGUUAUGAUGUAAACACGAAAUAUAUUCAUAGUUUUUUCGAGUGUUUUAGAGGCAUGUUUUAAAGCUAUUUAUACAUUAAUUAUUGCUACUUUUUUUUUAAAUAUUUAUACACAUUGUAUUUGGUUUUGUCUCCAAGGAACUCGCUCAAUUGGAAAUCCAUCUAAGCAUACAAAAAAUUGUAUUUAGGCAACGAAAAAUCAGGGCUAAACGGAAAUCAAAAUAUGCAUAAAACCAUUAAUUGUUAUAUAAUUCGGUUGAUCAUUGAAAUUGUUGAAGCAGAAGAACGAACCUAUUAGUAAUAGUUCAUAGUUACCCAUGUUCAUUGCAAACUAUAAGUUGUAAGUAAACAUUAAUGCAUUCAUUUAUUGCAGCCUGCAUGCUCAUAGCUCACAAUCAAUAAUCAAUACACGGCAAACAUAAACAAUAUCAAUAGUUAACAACUCCUCUAGUAUUAUACACGCAGAACAGCAUCAGAAGUAAUCUGAAGUGAAUGUAACUUUAACUUUUGUAAGCCGAAGGCGGAAAGUUAAAAUAUAUAUAUAUACACCCCAAGUGAAUUGGUCAGCUGAA